AUGCCUGGUAGCUUGGAAAGCCGAUAUAUCAGACUUGAAGUCAUCAGCGGAAAAAAUCUUCAAGUCCCCUCCUGGCGCAUUCCCGCAGGCAUUUACAUAUCCACAAAUGCCGACUCCCGGAGAUGCUGGAAAUCGGCCAUCAGUGUCUUAUCAUCUGAUGAAUCUGCAGCCGUGGGGCGACACUGUGACUCUGUAAAGUCCAUGGACACUUUCCCAUCAUCCCAUGCCUCACCUGCAUUAUCAGUGGAGAUCUGGGCGUCCUAUGAGGCUGGUCGAAUGCUAGGCAGUGGAGAGGUCAUUGGAAAACUUCAAAUGUCAUGGGAUGAGCUACUCGAUCAUGGAGAUGAACCUUUCAGCCCGCCGUUGUACAAUACUUGCGACAAUCAGGACGGUGCACUGUCUGAUUCCCUCGUAGAUUGCGAGAUCGCUCGAGACACAGAUGCGGGCCACGCACAAUUUGCCGCAUAUGUGACGAGCAAGACGACCAGUGUCCGGUCAGCCAUCCUGGACCACGCAACAGCCCUCACCAACCUUGCGUAUGCGCGCCUUCAGGGGUAUAUUCGUAAGGAUCUUCAAGACAUUGAUACCACCACUUCCCUGUUCCGCGAAGCCCUUGCAUUGCGUCCGCAGGGCCAUCCCGAUCAUCCAUUAUCUCUAUACAAUCUCACCGAAGCGCUGGCUUGGCGCCACAAGAAGAAAAGUACUGCUGCCGACAUCCUCGAAGCCGCCAGACUCUAUCAUGAGCUACUACCUCUCUGUCCAGAGGGCACCUGCCUUCGGAGCGUCGCGGCAGGGGCAAAUGGUGCCGAUUAUGUGAUCAACGGAUGCAACAACCUUCCAAUAGAUGCAUCUGAUGGAGGCAUCCACCUUCGACGAGUUGUCCUCGAGCUCUGUCCUCUGGGCCAUCAACACCGUCCCAGAGCACUCUACAAGCUUUCACGAUCACUCUACGCGCGCUUUACACAAUGUGGCAGCAUCGAUGAUCUAGAUGAGAGCAUAAGACUCGGUCGUGAAGCCGUUUCUCUACUUUCCGAAGGACAUCCUGACUGUAGUGGUUACAUGAAUGACUUGGCCUUGUCACUCGCAUCCCGCUUCGAUCACCAAGGCAAACCUAAUGACCUCGAUGAGGCUAUCUCUUUGUACGAAGAAGUGCUGCGCAUGCGCCCUGUUGGGCACAAAUAUCGUGAUAUCCCAUUGGACAACCUAGGGCGCGCCCUCGUCCGCCGUUUCAACAGAUGCAAAGACAUUGAUGACAUCACCCGAGCUAUCAGCCUCUAUCGCGAGGCACUGACAUUGCUCCCACCUGGGCAUCCACAUCGUGAUAUCACGCUUAACAACCUUGGCCUCGCGCUCUACACCAGAUACAACAAAUUGCAUGUCAUUGAGGAUCUUAACGAGGCUAUUGAUCGAUAUCGCGAAUCCCUUCGGUUAAAGCGGCAUGACCAUCCAGGGCGCCAUUUAACUCUUUCCGGUUUGAGCGCGUCGCUCUGCUCUCGUUUCACGCAAACUCGGGAGAAUGAAGAUAUCGAGGAGGCCAUUAAUCUCUGCCGAGAGUCAUUGGUGGCUCUGUCUUCACUGCACCCGGACAGAUGGUUCAGCUACACAUGGCUGAAAGGGGCCUAUUUAGCUCGUUACCGGAUUCUACAUGACCCUGCUGAUUUAUCGCUCGCUAUUGAGAACUUCAGACUCGCAUCGGGACAUCCUACACAAGGAUUUCCUCGGCGUAUCAGACAGGCUAUUGGCUGGGCUCGCCAAGCGGAAGUCUAUCAACACGAAUCUGCCCUCGAAGCAUACCAAAUGUGCUUUGAGCUUUUCGACAGCCACGUGAUGACGCGAUCGUCAAUUAUCUCACGGCGUGAGGCUGCAACCGCUUUUCGUGGUGCACAGUUGCUACCAGUAGAUGCAGCCUCAUGUGCCAUACGUCGUGACAAUCUACGACAGGCAGUUGAACUCGUGGAGCAGGGCCGUGGCCAGCAGUGGUCGCUAGCUUCCCGACUCAAGACUCCAGUUGAAGACCUUGAGUCAGCAAAUCCGAACCUGGCGCACAAUUAUUUGGAGCUGAGCAAGCGCGUUUCCAAUGCCGCACAGAGUUCUGCAACCAUCACGGACAGAGCUGCUGCUGAUCGGGCAGCAACCAAGUACAGGAAGCUUAUGGAGCAGUGGGAAGCUGCAGUGGCUGAAAUCCGUAAUCUUCAAGCGUUCUCGCGGUUCCUGCUCCCACCUUCCUACGAAGAUUUGCAAGCGGCAGCGCGCCAGGGCCCUGUCAUCAUCCUCAUUGCCAGUCAAUAUUCGUGCAGCGCCAUCAUCGUCCCGACGUCAGGAGAGCCUAGUCAUGUUCCCUUGCCGUCUGUCACUCUCAUAGAUCUGAACAAUCUCAAGGAGCGUUUCGCCAGGGCCAUACGACACGCAUCUAUCAUGGGCCCAAAGGUGCCGCGGAACGAUCUAAUAGUACUCUUGCGGACAGUAUGGAAAGAGAUCAUGCUACCCAUAGUCAACGUACUCGAGCAUGUCCUUGAGCUAAAGCACGGUUCUCGAAUCUGGCUGUGUCCAACUGCAGCUUUCACGUCUAUUCCUCUCCAUGCAGCUCACCCCUUUCAAACGAACGCAGAUCGCUCUAAAGAGCCAUGCCUGGAGGAUCUCUACAUCUGCUCUUACACCCCGACACUUUCGGCUCUGGUCAGAUCUAGACAGAUGAUGAAGAAGCGUGUUGCUCCAUCCUUCGUGACAAUCGGACAGAGUCAACCGGGUGCAGGGAAAGGCAAGGCGCUCUUGACCGUUGACAGCGAGCUCGAGCUUGUCCGUAAGCUCGUCCCGGCGAUGGCCAACCGUACCACCAUUUCUGGUGACGCAGCCACACGAGCAGGUGCACUUGAAGCUUUGGAAGAGAACACCUGGGUGCACCUCGCUUGCCAUGGCAAGCAGGAUUCUACUCAGCCUUACAAUUCCCACUUCGUCAUGAGAGAUGAACAUCUGACGCUGCUUGAUAUCAUGGAGAAACAUAUUCCGCAUGCUGAGUUCGCAUUCUUAUCCGCUUGUCACACCGCCGUCGGCGAUAAGGAGACGCCCGACGAAGUCAUUCACCUCGCAGCUGGUCUCCAGUUUUCGGGGUUCAAGAGCGUCAUUGGCACGCUGUGGGAGGUCGACGAUGCUGUCGCAAAACACGUUGUCAAAGCGUUCUACGAGAAUUUGUUCGCUGAUAUGGAGGAUGGUCGUGUCAUGGACUGUACGAAGGCGGCCUGGGCACUCAACCGUGCUACGCACACUGUGAAGACGAAAGUGCCGCUUGAGCAGAGGAUGGUUUUCAUUCAUAUCGGUGUGUAG